GGGAGAAAGGAAUGGUUCACGGGGUGUUUUAUUUCUCUUAGAUGUGGAAAGAGACACAAGAGUUGUGCAGAAGGAGCAGAACCCUGUUUGGAAUGAGACCUUGGCGUGGUACUUGGGCGACGAGCCUCUGAACAAUAAAUCUUUUGCAACAGUUCAUUUCCAGGAAUGGAACCCGAAAGCCGAAGCCAGGAAUUUCGGUGCCGCCAACAUUGCCCUGGCAAGAGCUGCUGAGAAAGAGAAUGUCAUGAUCACCCUGAGAAACCAGCCUCUGAAGGACAGCGAUAUGAAGACCACAGGUUGCACCAUCACUAUCAGGAUCUGCUUCACCCCUCCAGAACCUGUAGCUGUGCCUGUAAAGAAAUACGAUUACAGGAAAUUACUAUGCUGCUCGAUUUGUGCAAAGGAGUCCCUCCUAGAAGACUUGGCUCCAAAGGAGGUGGUCGAAAUGCCAUCUCCAACCCCCAUGCGAGAGCUUACAAACAAGAAGCAAGAGUUUCAGGUGCGAGUAAGGAUCCUUGAAUGCCGACAGCUGCAAGAAAACAACAUCAAGCCCGUGGUGAAGGUGUACAUUGGCGAUCACGUCUUCAGGACACGGAUCAAAGCUGGGAACAAUCCUUACUACAAUGAGGUAUUUGUCCAGAACUUCAAGGAGAUGCCUCUUCGACUCUUUGAUCAGUUCAUUACCAUCCAGGUGCUGAAUUCCAGAGCCAUGAGAGCCGAUUCACUCAUUGGAGUUUUCAAGAUUGAGAUUGGCCUUGUCUACGAAUCCCCAGGCCAUGCUCUGCUUUCCAGGUGGCUUGCGCUCUAUGACCCAGCUAACCUGAACGCGGGACUAAGGGGCUAUGUGAAAGUCAGCCUUUGUGUCCUAGGAGCAGGGGAUCAUGUGCCGGAUACGGACUUCGUAUCGGAGAGAGGCGAUUCAGAGACCAGCCUUUUACAGCCGACGGCUCGGCCAGCGGCCCGCGUGGUCACCCUCCAGCUUUACGUAUACCAAGCCCAAGAUAUGCCUCAAAUGGCAGAAGGCCUUGUGAAUUAUGCCAGGGCUGAAGACCCCACAGGGACCUCUGUGGAUCCUUCUCUGGAAGUUAACUUUGCAGGGAAAGUGCUGAAAACCAGCAUAGUCUUUAAAGACGCCAACCCCAAGUGGAACCAGCGCAUGUCCUUUCCGAUGCAGAUGCCAUCCAUCUGUGAUCUCAUCAAACUGUCCACCUUUGAUGGGGACCCAAGCGGAGACGGGAAAAUCUUAGGGACCACUUUUCUAAGUCUCUCUGAGAUCUCUUGUGCUGGAACCGACAUAAAAAAUAAAAAGGACUUUUCGGGUUUCUUGCCAUCUUUUGGGCCAAGCUUCCUCACUUUAUAUGGGACCCCACAGGAGUUUAUGACUGAAGAAGAGGAUUAUGAGAAUGUCAGCAUUGGGAUGGAGGAAGGGAUUGCUUACCGAGGAAGAGUUCUGGUGGAGCUGAGCAUCAAAAUGGAGCCAAUCCCUAUCCAGAAGAUUGAUGACAUCCCCGAAGACGCAAUUAAAAGGGUGGAGCGCUUCUUGCCUCAACGACGGUACGGACUGUGUGUCGUCUUUUACUCUGCAACAAUGUUGGCCAACAUAAAGGAACACAUCCAGUUUGAGGUCAGCAUUGGGAACUACGGCAACAAAUUUGAUGGGACUUGCAAACCUUUUGCCUCCACCACUCAGUACUGCCAUGCUGUGUAUGACGGGAACCGCUACUACUACCUGCCGUGGUAUGAUACCAAACCCAUGGUGGCCAUCACAUCAUCCUGGGAGGAUGUUGUUCACCGAAUAGCCUGUAUGAACAGCAUGGAGUACAUUCAUGCAAGACUGACGAAAAACCUGGAUGCUCUCAAAACCAUUGAAGUUGCCAAUGACCCGAUCGUGGGUGAUGUGUGGAAGAAGCUCCAGAAAGAGCUGGUGGAAGAUUGCAAAAGGCCUCUUCCCAGCUCAGAAGGCCAGGCACCGGCCACCGUCCUCGACCUGCAGCUGCGGAAACUGCGCAUGCGACUCCUCCACCAGAUCGCCAAGGCUGCGGACAAGACAAGUUGGAAGGUUCCUCUGAAGAAACUCAUCGCCAAAGUAGAGAGUUGGCUCACUAGGAUUGCCCUGGCCAUCACAGAGACCCAAAUCUGCAUCCCAGACGUGAUGAUCUGGAUGCUGUGCGACGAGAAGCGGGUGGCCUAUGCCCGGGUGAAGCCAAACACCAUCAUGUUCUCCAGAUUUGGGCCCCAUGCCAGAGGCAUGCUGUGUGGCAAGACCCAGACCAUCUUCAUGCAGGGUCCUCAGGUCAAAGGGUCAUACAACCCUAUCCCUGCCCUGCUCCGGGUGCGAAUGUGGCUCGGCAAGCUGUCUGACAGUGCCGAGUUCAUGAAAUGCUGCGAAGGUCACAUCCUCGUCUUUGCCGAGACGUAUGAGAACCAAAAGAAGACCCAUGGCAUCUGGGGGACACGGGAUCUGGUGCCACAUCCCAACUUCUCAGAUGUAACCGGACAGAUCAGUCUCCCCAAAGAAAAGUUCCAGCUGCCUCUCGGUUGGAAGUGGGAUGGAGAAUGGGCUGUGGAGCCCCAAAGAAGGCUGUUGCUGGACAAAGAGACAAACUACACAGAAGUGCUGGUGGAGGUCUUUGAGAACCAGAGCCGGCAGCCGGGACGUCAGUGGAAAGCAGCCUCGGUCCCUUUCAGCAAUGCAAGUGGGGCUCCUAGUCCCCCAAAAGAAGAGAUUGAAUGUCCCAAAGGCUGGAUCUUUGCAGAAGACUGGAAAGUGGAGUUGAACCGGGCUGUGGAUGAUGCUGGUUGGGAGUACGGUGUUGCCAUCCCACCUGCCGAAUUUCCUAACACCUGGAACGUUGCCGAGAAGACCUACCACACUCACCGGCGUCGGCGCUGGCUCCGGAAGCGCUACCGGAAUCAUGGCCUGACCCCUGAGGUUUCCUUGGAUCGUUUCAACCUCUCCUCCUUCCAUUUCUUGCAGCACUCCGAUGCCAAGUCGAAACAAGAAACGUGGGAAUAUGCCCCUCUGACCGAAUGGAGAUUCCACCUUCAGCGGCAACCCGACGAUGUGUUUCGCCGCCGGUGCUGGAGGAGGAAGCUUGCGCCCAUUGCACCCAGCCAAAAAGCAGCCAUAUUCCUCUUGGAGGGCUCUCUGGGAGUGGAUGUGGAAGCGGAGGGGAAAAAGAAGAAAGGGGAGGCCGAGAAGAAAGACGAGAAGAAGGAGGGCAAAGAAGUCGAGAAGCACCCCUCGCAGACCCUCUUGAAGAUGAACACGCCUCUCCUUUUCUGCAUUUUCAAAAGUCCUGUCUAUUUCCAGUUGCGUUGCUACAUCUACCAGGCAAGGGAUCUUGUGGGCGCUUACGCAAGCGGCUCCGCAGAUCCUGUGGCCCACGUUUCCUUCCUUCACACAAGCCAAUGCACCAAGAUUGUACCUGGCACGCUGCACCCGCUGUGGGACCAGAGUCUCCUCUUUGAGAACAUCAUGAUCUAUGGAGACCCCCGGGCAACCGAGGAGGAUCCUCCGGUUGUGGCGGUGGAGAUCGUAGACAUCGAUCCUACGGGCCGUUCUGACUAUGUCAUGGGGAGGGCUUUGAGCAUCCCAGUCGUCUACCUGGACCUCAAUUCACGAAGGAUUCCUCGUCUCCACAGUCAUAUCAUCCUGAAAGAAGAGAUGGAGGCUGGAUAUCUCCUGGCGGCUUUUGAGCUUCUAUUAGACAAGAAGGAUGGCUCUUUGGGAAAACACCCUCCUCCUCCCUGGAAGGACGGGAUGUACACCAUCCCAAAAGGAAUCCGUCCCAUUCUGAGGCUGAUGGCCAUUGAGAUCCUGGCCUGGGGCCUGCGGGACAUGAAGAACUACAACUUGCUGGUCAUCAACAACCCAAGUCUCAUCAUAGAAUGUGGAGGGGAAAGCAUUCACACCCCAAUCAUCAAGAACUUCCAGGAGAACCCCAAUUUUCCCAUUAACAUUUAUCUCAUGAAAGUGUACCUGCCUGUAGAUGAAGACUAUGCGCCUCCCAUUGAGCUGACGGUGAUCGAUCACAGAGAGUUCGGAUACAAGCCAGUUGUGGGGCGUGCAAGUGUGAGGUAUCUGCACCAGUACUACUGCGACCCUUGGGAAGAAAAGAAGGCCCAUAAUCUACCCGAAAGAGCCAUUUCCAAGGCGAAGAAAAAGAAGCAACUGAAGAAGACCUUCUACAAGCCAUGGUCAUGGAUGAAGCUUAAAAAAGAGAAGGAUGUGGUGGAUGAAGAAGAGGAGGAAGUCGACUGGUGGAGCAAGUACUAUGUGACUAUGGGCGACCUGGCAAAGAGUGGACAUUACCUGGAGAGGGGCUUUGAUACCGUGAAGAUCUAUAACUGUGAACUGGAAGAAGUUCCAGACUUUCAAGGCUUCCAAGACUUCUGCCAGACCUUUAAGCUCUACCGAGGACGGGUGACGGUUGAGGACCCCGUAGUUGGAGGCGAAUUCAAAGGGCUUUUCCGAAUCUAUCCAAUCCCAGAAGACCCCAACAUCCCACCUCCUCCGCGCCAGUUCCAGGAGCUUCCCCAAAAUGUCUGCCAGUCGUGUUUGGUCCGGGUCUACAUUAUCCGGGCCUUUAACCUCCAGCCAAAGGACAGAAAUGGCCUGUGCGAUCCCUACGUCUGGAUCAAGAUAGGGAAGAAGCGGGUUGGAGAAAGAGAGGAGUAUAUUCCCAACACUUUGGAGCCUGUCUUUGGGAGAAUGUAUGAACUCUCCUGCUGCAUCCCAGUAGAAAAGGACUUGAAGAUCUCCUUCUACGACUUCGACAUCUUUCCCCCAGAUGACGACAUCGGGGACACCACCAUCGACUUGGAAAACCGGCUCCUUUCUCGCUAUGGGGCAAACUGCGGACUUCCACAGACUUAUUGCGUUGCUGGUCCCAGUGAAUGGCGAGAUCAGCUGCUCCCCACUGAGCUCUUGAACAAUUAUGCGCGAACCAAAAACUUACCUCUGCCGGCGAUACAUGAAGAUGGAACCCAAGCCCUUUUCAUGGGCAAGACCUACCACCUGUCUGACUUUGAGACCCAAGCCCCUUUGCAUGACUACCUGGGAGCUGCCAAAGAACGCCUUGCCCUCCACCUCCUCCAUACUUGUGGGCUGGUGCCUGAACACAUCGAGACUCGCACUCUUUACAACCCUGCCCAUCCUGGGAUUGACCAGGGCAAAGUGCAGAUGUGGGUUGACAUCUUCCCGGAAGCCUUAGGCGAGCCAGGACCUCCUUUUGACAUCACCCCAAGGCAGCCAAAGAGGUAUGAACUGCGUGUCAUCAUUUGGAACACCAAAGACGUAGACCUGGAAGACACCAACAUUUUUGGAGACAGGAUGAGCGACAUCUACGUCAAAGGGUGGCUGGAUGGCUUGGAAGAGGACAAGCAGAAGACAGACGUCCAUUACAGGUCCCUCUCGGGAGAAGGCAACUUCAACUGGCGCUUUAUCUUUCCCAUGGAAUAUCUGCCCAUGGAGCAGGUCCUGGUCCUCACCAAGAAGCAACACUUUUGGAGUCUGGAUGAGACCAUGCAGAAAGUGCCCCCCAAACUCAUUAUCCAGAUCUGGGACAAUGACAAAUUUUCAGCGGAUGAUUUUCUAGGCAUACUGGAGCUGAACCUGAACAGCAUGCCUCGCCCCGCCAGACGCCCCCGGGACUGCACUGUGAAAAUGGUGCUAGAAGACAACACGGUCACCCCCACCUCUUUUUUCAGGCGCAAGAAACCAAAACAUAUCUCCAUGUUCACACAGAAGAACACGAGGGGCUGGUGGCCCUGCAUCGUCUUCGAGAAGGACAAGCCACGGGUGUCGGGUAAGGUGGAAAUGACCCUUGAGCUGCUGACUGAGGAGGAGGCUGAAGAGCGACCGGCUGGACUAGGAAGAGAAGAGCCAAACAUGAACCCAGUCCUGAAGCCACCAGAGAGGCCAGAGACCUCUUUCCUUUGGUUCACUGCCCCUUUGAAGAGUCUCCACUUCCUCAUCUGGCAGAAGAGCAAGUGGAAGAUCUUAAUUUUCUUUUGCUGCGUCUUUGUAUUCUUGCUUUUCGCAGCCUUCAUCUAUUCAGCUCCUGGAUAUUUGGCAAUGAAGUUGAUUAGUCCCAUGAAAAGCUCGGGUGCCGUGACAGUACAACUGCCACCCAACAAUCUGCCACUGCAAGCCAUCCCCCAAAUGCCACCACCAGCUGCCCCUCAAAUGCCACCACCUCCCAUCCCGACAACAACAACACCAGCAACAACGUCCAAGGCGACACCACCAGCUACCUCACGAACGGCACCAAAGCCAAACCUGCCACCUCCACCGCCACCACCGCCACCGCCACCUCCGCCACCUCUUCACAAGAAGCGGCUGAAGGUCCACAGGAAGCAGCCAAAAGUCCACAGGAAGCAGCCAAUAGUCUACAAGAAGCAGCCAAACAUCCAUAUGAAGCAUCCAGGUCACAGAACGCAUCCAGGAGCCCACAGGAAACCACCGCCAACUCCCAAGAAGUCACCACCAGCUCCCAAGAAACUUCCUCCAGCUCCCAAGGAGUCACCACCACCAGCUCCACUUAAACCUCCUCCAGCUCCCAGGAAACCACCAGUUCCCAAGAGGUCAUCACCACCACUGGCUCCCAGGAAACCUCCACCAGCUCCCAGGAAACCUCCUCCAGCUCCCAGGAAACCUCCACCAGUUCCCAAGAAGUCAUCACCACCACCAGCUCCCAGGAAACCUCCACCAGCUCCCAGGAAACCUCCACCAGCUCCCAGGAAGCCUCCUCCAGCUCCAAAUAAACCUCCACCAGCUCCCAGGAAACCUCCACCAGCUCCCAGGAAACCUCCUCCAGCUCCAAAUAAACCUCCUCCAGCUCCCAGGAAACCUCCUCCAGCUCCCAAGAGGAACCGUCCUACACCCAAGAAAAGCCGUCAACCCUCCUAA